AACGUUAGUCAAGAAUAGGAUCACACAUCUGCCAGAUUAUGCUUUUCGAAACAAUACGAAGCUUAUCCAUUUAGGACUGGCAAAUAAUGCAUUAAACAACAUCUCAGACAAUGCUUUUUAUGGGCUAACAAAGCUGAAAUAUCUCAAACUCCAACAGAACCAACUUACAGCUGUUCCGUCUGCUUUCUCACAUCUGGUUUCACUGGAAGAAUUGAAUCUAAAUGACAACAUUUUGACUCAAAUCCUCGACAAAAGUUUGCUGAUGAAAAGCAAACUCACCACAUUAAGUUUGGACAACAAUCCCAUUACCUUCGUGGGCGACGGAGCAUUCAAAAACUUGCCUUCUUUACAGGGAAUAAAACUGUCAUUUGUCUAUGACAUGCACAAUUUUCCUGACUUGGAAGGCACUGACAACUUAGCAUUUUUACAGCUGGACAGAGCACAGAUCAAAUCCAUACCUGAGGAUCUGUGUGAUGAUUUGAAGAAACUCAAAAGUUUGGAUUUGCAUGGUAACAAGAUAGGGACAUUACCUAAAAUGUCGCAAUGCAAAAGAUUAACUUUUUUAGAUGUGGCUAAAAAUGAACUGACAUCGCUUGAAGGCCAACUGUUUGAUGGUAUGAAUAGUCUCAUAGACCUCACUCUGUUCCUCAAUUUCAUCCAGAUCAUUAAUGAAAAUACCUUUGUUGGACUCAGCGUUUUGGCGUAUCUCGACCUAUCGAGCAAUCAGAUCAGGGAGAUUCAUCCAAAUGCAUUUUUGCCACUGAAAUCUCUCACAGAUUUAAACUUAGCAAACAACAAAUUCCAGCAUUUACCCACUGCUGGACUAGGCAGCCUGGAAACACUCAAAGUAUUCAACAGUCCAGAACUUCAAGAGUUUCCCUCUUAUAAACACUUUCCGAGAGCACGCUACUUUGUCAUGUCAUAUGCAUACCAUUGCUGUGAUUUUAUACAAGCUAGGACUCAAGAACCUGACGAUGCUGUGAACGAAUUAGCAAUACUUGAUGACUCAGCUGAUAUUCCAGGGCACAUCAAUUUCACUUCACAGAUUUUUGACUUUCUCA